CNAAACGGCAGAAAGUAUGAGGCUGUGAGGACCUGGGAUGGGGAGGCCUAAAUGUUGAGCUGACCGGAGCAUGACGACCCUGGGAGUAAAGGGUGCACGGGAGCGGGCCAAAAGGAGUGCAUAUGGAGCUGGAGCUGGAGCUGGAGCUGGAGCUGGAGCUGGAGCUGGAGCUGGAGCUGGAGCUGGAGCUGGAGCUGGAGCUGGAGCUGGAGAGAAGAACAGGAAGGGCCCCAGGACUACAGAGCCUCUGAAGACAGGCUGGGCAUUGACUCAGCAGAGGCUGGUAGCCUUGUCCCCUACACUACGCCAAGGCCACCUGCUCUUUGGCGACUUUCUUGACGAUAUAGGCAAGGUGGCCUCCAUGUUUCCACGCGAGUCGGUAGAGUUACCCUACGACAUGCCUGACCCGCGCACCUGGUCACAGGCAUUAAACCUACCAUCUGAGCAUCAAAAUCGGUUUCUGGGCCUUAUUAAGGCCGCGGAAGCCCGGGGCCGAGUCCAUGCCCUGCGGUUGCGCUACACCCGAAUGCGGGCAGAGGAAAUCUCUUUGCUGAUCCAGAAGCAGAGCUCNGCGCGCGCCGCCAUCCGACUGGAACUGUUCCUACCACCCCAACUGAAGCCCACAAAGAUCCCUGAUCCUCUGGACCGACAUGAGCGGAGGCGUGUUGAGACAAUCCUGGAAGAGGAGGUAGAUGGCAACAUUUUCCCCCGAUGACUGAGACCUUGGCGUUCAGAGACCCUACGGUUACAGUGGCUCCCCACCCUCUCAUAUAAAGUUCUCU